AUGAUACUAAUCCUACAAGAUUACCUAGGCGCGCGGUUUUUCCUACUAGGGUUCUGUUUCUCGUAUGAGCCAAUGUGGGACUACCAUCCAGUGAAGCUGCCGACGAAGGUAGAUCUCGAGCAGGGCGGGAGUGUGAGCAAUGGGGAGAAGAUGCCGGAAUGCGUGAUCUGUUUCGAGCCGAUCGACGUCCUCCCAUCCUCGCCCACAUCCAGCACUGUCUCUAGUCUCGACCACCAACAAUCACUUCAUAAUCAUCAUCAUCGGCAAUCUUCUCAUGACUCCUCAGAAUCGCCUCUCCUCCGUCACAUCCCCUCUACUACCUUCGCCUCCUCAGCUUUCCCCUUCUCUAGCUCCUCCUCUGACGUCCACCAUUCUCUCUUCUCGCGCUGGUCUUACAUGGUCCCUCCUUGCCAUCACAUCGCUCAUACUAAAUGUCUCGAAGGUUGGCUCGCUAUUAAAUCUGAAUGUCCUUCUUCUGGUUGA